AAGAAACUAGUUACAGUAGGAAAACUGAGAACAGAAUCAGUAUCAGAUAAGCCGUUUAUUUCUGAGAUUCAUCGACAUCACUAGACGUCUAGACAUGGCGUUCUUCGCCGGAUACACCGCACUCCACCGUCUCAAUCGUUAUUUCCGUCCGAUUUUUUCAAUUCCAGCUCAUACAGAUCGCGUGCCGGGUUUAUUUUGUGUCUUGUGUCCCAGUUGUAACGGAAACCGGCGGCUCAGUGCCAACGCCCAGUCGGCUCCGUCGGAGUUUACCGGACCUAACGCCUACGAGCUCUUAGGCGUCUCGGAGACCAGCUCAUUCUCAGAAAUCAAAGCUUCGUUCCGUAAAUUGGCUAAGGAGACUCAUCCUGAUCUCGUUCACUCCCAAACCGACUCCUCGGCUUCCAAACGAUUCAUUGAAAUCCUCGUCGCUUAUGAGAUAUUAUCUAAUUCUGAGAGAAGGGCACAUUAUGACCAAUAUCUCUUCUCACGAAGAGCAGUUGUCCAGAAGCAGGCUAGGCAAGGUUCAGUUAUGUACAAGUAUGAAUCUCAUAGACUCAUGGAGAGAGAAAUGGAAGUUGUUGAAUGGUUGAAGUGGUAUAGAUAUGCCAUAAAUGAUAUAGUGUCAGAGAAAAGGGAGGUGGUUGGUUCCGGCUAUUUUGAUGUAUUGGAAAGGGAUUUUUACUCAGCUAUACAUGCAGCAUUUUAUGGCCCUGAAAUUGAAUCAAUGGAUCUGCUUCCUGAAUGUUUUGAAGCUGAGGAGAGGUCCAUAUCUGUCACACCAGAUAUUCUGCAUUUGGUCUCGGGGCGUGACCUUUUUGGGAUGGUACGUGUUGCCAACAGGAAUCCUGAACUGUCACAUACCUACACUGAAAAACUAACAUCUUUUGAAUCUGAUCUGUGCUUUUCUAUUAACAAUGUCAGCACAGAAGUGAAUUCAACUGUAACUGUAAAUGGGUCGUGUCAAAAGCAAUCUACAAGUGUUAAUUAUUUUGAACGAGAUGCAUAUAAGGAUUUGGAGUUACAUGUAUAUGGGAAGGUUGUUGCAAUAGCCAGUAGGGUUCGACCUAAGAGUACUUCUAAUCAGGCACAAGACAAGGAUGCUGAGGAUCUCAUACAUGUUUACCUUACUAACCAUGAAGAUGCAACGUAUAAAAGCGACUGUGUAUAUGCUCCAGUUGGAUCUAGGAUUCUGCUAGGAACAAUAAAUGGAAUGGGGACCAGCCCUGAGGAAGGAUCCUGUGAUGUCUAUGAUCAUAAUGGUGUGAACACCCACGUGAUUAUGAAGCAUCGGACAUUGUUGGUGAAACACAUGCACUGGUACCAAGUAGGAGAUGAAGUCUCUGUUUGUGAAUGCAGAUGCAGUAGGGCUCGCUUGCCUCCCAGCAAAUUUUGGCUGUUUGAGCCUCGCUGUGGCAUGCACGACAUUGGAGGUUGGUAUGUGGAGACAUUUGGUCGCGAUAAAAAAGGCCGGAAUGUCCCAUCCCAGAGGUAUUGGGAUGGUUUAGAUGCAAAUGAUCAUUUUGACAAGAGACUUCAUCCAGCUAUGUAUUUGCUUGCACUUGCCUAUAGAACUCUAGAUAUUGAAGAUGCAAGACUACAGAAACGAAGAAUGAAGGAUAUUGUUGAAGAUAAAAUGCAUAGAAUUCUAAGUUGGUGUAAGACUCUUGUGUCAGGGAUGUGAGUUAUGGUUUAUAUAUUAUAUAAAUGAUUCCCGGCAGUAUGGCUGAUCAUUGCUUAGGUCAGGUAGUGAUAAGAGACUGAGGUUUUGGUGUCCAACAAAAAGAAAAUUGGAUAUGAUGGAGAGACUCCUUCACCCAUGACCUGCACUGGAGACUAAUGAAGAUUACUCCUGGAAUUCAAUGAGGCGAAAAUUAACAAUGACUCGUAUGAAGAGGCUAGGAGUGAAUUUUUUCCAUGUAUAUGAUUACGGUGGUCACUGUGCUGCCUUGUUCCCACUCCCCAGUCUCCUGAAGUGCACCACAAAGAUAAUGGACAAGAAUUUGGAUUAGAAGUCGCAGAGUACCUAGUUGAUAUGUGGAAUAAUGGAACGAUGAAGCACCACUGGUAAUGAUAUCAUGAAAGAAGUGCCCUGCUGCUAUCUAGAUUCAUGCUUAAACCAUUUGUUCAUGACAAACCCUUGUUAAAUGAGAAGUAGUUGGUGCCACCGGUGAAAAGGAAUUUAGAGAUCUCAUACCAAGGAAGAUUGAAAUUCAGAAUGGGAAAUUUUGGUGUUGCCCAAGGAGCUACCUUUGUGUUAUUUUGGCAAAGCAGCUUAUACUCUGUAAGUCCUAAGCCUGUGCAGUAUAUGUUGAUUAUGUUCUGUUAAUCUAAAUCACGGAUACUCACGACUUAAAUUGAAGUGAUUAGUAAGCAAGAUUUUGAACUCCAAGCCCUUCCUAUCAUCAUACAGUAUGUUCCUUGAAGUGCGAGUAUUGGAAAUUGGAGUGUGUUUGCACA